UAUAAUUCCGGGAAAAGAGUUUUAACAGAACAUUGGUUUUUCACUUCUAGCAAACCUCCCACACCAUCGGUAACGUCAGCAAACUUGACAGUCGACAUGGGCACCAGUUUGACGGAUCAGUUUAGAGAGCAACUGCACAGGUGGAUUGACGCUAACCAACGGAAACGCUUCACUCUAUUAUUUAAAGCUUCCCAAGAUGGCUGUGCUGCCCAAACGUUCCACACUCUCUGUAACAACAAGGGACCUACAAUUACUAUCCUGUACAACACGAACGGCUCGGUGUACGGGGGUUAUACCUCCACUAGUUGGCACUCAAAUAACACCUACUCAGCAGACGACAAAGCGUUUCUGUUCAGGCUCAGACACAAUGGCAAUUGUCAGCCACAAAAGUUCUGCAAAAUCCAGAUGGCUGACACUGCUAUUUACGGCCACUCUAACUAUGGACCGACGUUUGGAGGAAGCAAUGGCCAUGAUCUAAAAACAUUUACCAGUAUUGUCAACAAGAACGGAACUUUCUUUCCGCUGAAUGGCAGCACAAGUCUUGGUAGUUACUACGACAUGCAAGGCCAGAAUUAUAACACCGUAAUGAAUGGACACAUGCAGGUGUUGGAUUUGGAGGUCUACUGUGUUGAAGAGAUGAAGAUGCUGCAGCGGCCCUGGGUUCGGAAUGUAGAAUGGCAUCCUAGAUUCAUGAAGGAGCUUAAAGAGUCGAUAGAGACAUAUAAACCCCUACCAGGCCUAGGUCUACAGCAAACACGGAUACUGAUGGUGGGACAGGUCGGGUCAGGCAAAUCCAGCUUCUUUAAUACAAUCAACUCAAUCUUCCGGGGUCACAUAAGCGGUCAAGCCAACGCCGGAAGUGCUGAACACAGCCUCACCACAAUGUAUCGGAUGUAUCAAGUCCGAGACGGAUACGCAGGAAAACCACUAAACUUCCGGUUAUGUGACACGCGUGGUUUGGAAGAGGACCAGGGAUUGGAUGAUCAUGAAAUAUCUUAUCUUUUGGAUGGUCAUGUGCCAGACAGAUUUCAGUUUAACCCAGCCGUAUCUUUGUCGCCAGAGGUCAUGGGAUUCGUGAAGGGCCCGACACUAGGAGACCGUAUCCACUGUGUGGCGUUUGUCGUAGAUAGUAGCACAGUUGACGUCAUUUCCGAGAAAGUUCUGGAGAGAAUCAAGAACAUGCAAACCAAGAUGAACCAGAGGUCCAUUCCACAAGUGGUAUUGCUGACCAAGAUUGACCGUAUUUGUGAAUUGGUGACUGACGAAAUCGGUGACGUGUUCGUCAGCCCAUCAGUCAAGGAGUGUGUGGAUAGGGUUGCCAUGGCGAUGGGUGUGCCGAGAUCGCACAUACUUCCAGUCAAAAACUAUGAGUGUGAGGUCGAACUCGACCAGAAUGUAAACAUCUUGUCCCUCUUGUGUCUCCGACAACUUCUUCAUUUCUCCGACGACUACCUUUAUAACCAGCUCGAUCAAAUCGAGGCUGAGAAAUCUUCUCAAACACAAAUGAAAGAAUGACUUUUAACUAGACGUUGGUAAAAUCAUUGAGACCGACCAGAAAUGCUGUUCAUAUGUCCUAUGAAAAUAUCAUUGGAGUUUAUUAAUAUUAAAGUAUCCAUUCCGAAACGUUGGUAAAAAGAACAAAAACAAAACUGUAUUGGUGACAUUCUCGCCGCAAAGAAAUCUUGUUUAAUAUUAAUAAAG